AUGAGCAACGCAUCGACAGGUCGCACACUCGUGUCUUCCGCUGCCGUGACUCGCGCUGCUGCGUGCACUGCGGCGCCGGUGGCUGCAGUCAAGGCCGCCGCUGCCGUGUCUGCUGGUGUCAGCGCACCACAGCAGGCUCGAUCGAUCGCCACUGCGGCGUCGGUCGCUCGCGCCGCUCAGGAGGGCCGCUCCAUCCAGGAGCGCAUCGCCGAGAAGGUCACUGCCGCCAAGCUCGGCGGUGGUCAGGAUCGCAUCGACAAGCAACACAAGCAGGGCAAGCUCACCGCUCGCGAGCGUCUGGAGGUCUUGCUGGAUCCCGGGUCGUUCCGUGAGUACGACAUGUUUGCCGAGCACAACUGCACCGAUUUCGGCAUGCAAAAGUACACUGGUGAUGGUGUCGUGACUGGCCAUGGCCGCAUCAACGGCCGCCUGGUCUACGUGUUCAGCCAGGACUUCACCGUGUUUGGCGGCUCGCUGUCGAGCGCUCACGCCAAGAAGAUUUGCAAGAUCAUGGACAAGGCCUUGCUUGUGGGCGCGCCCGUCAUUGGCCUGAACGACUCUGGCGGUGCUCGCAUCCAGGAGGGCGUCGAGUCGCUCGCCGGCUAUGCCGACAUUUUCCAGCGCAACGUCGAUGCGUCCGGCGUCAUCCCGCAAAUCUCAGUCAUCAUGGGCCCGUGCGCAGGCGGCGCCGUCUACUCGCCGGCCAUGACCGACUUUGUCUUUAUGGUUCGCGACACCUCGUACAUGUUUGUCACUGGUCCCGAUGUGGUCAAGACCGUCACCAACGAAACUGUCACCCAAGAGGAGCUCGGUGGUGCCAAGACGCACACUGCCAAGUCCGGUGUCGCCCACCGCGCCUUUGAAAACGACAUGGAGGCGCUCCAGCGACUUCGCGAGUUUUUCGACUUUUUGCCGCUGUCGAACAAGGACGCCGCCCCCGUCCGCGCCACCGCCCUCGUCGACCCCAGCCGCCCCGUGCCUGCGCUCGACACGCUCAUUCCCUCUGACAGCCUUCAGCCCUACGACAUGAAGGAGGUCAUCCACAAGGUCGUCGACUUUGAGCACUUUUUUGAGCUCAUGCCCGACUAUGCCAAGAACCUCAUUGUUGGCUUUGCUCGCAUGAAUGGCCGAACUGUCGGUAUCGUCGCCAACCAGCCUCUCGAGGCGUCUGGCUGCCUGGACAUCAACUCGUCCGUCAAGGGCGCUCGUUUCGUCCGCUUCUGCGACGCCUUCAACAUCCCGAUCAUCACCUUUGUCGACGUCCCCGGCUUCCUCCCCGGCACCGCCCAAGAGUACGGCGGCAUCAUCCGCCACGGCGCCAAGCUCCUGUACGCCUACGCCGAAGCCUCCGUGCCAAAGAUCACCGUCAUCACGCGCAAGGCGUACGGUGGUGCUUACGAUGUCAUGAGCUCCAAGCACCUUCGCGGUGAUGUUAACUAUGCCUGGCCCAACGCUGAGAUUGCAGUCAUGGGUGCCAAGGGCGCCGUCUCCAUCAUUUUCCGCGGCCAGAAGGAUAUGGGUAAGCGCCAGAGAGUUCUUUUGCUUUUUUUUUUUUUGGGUUUGUUUUGA